AUGGACGCUGUCGAGAAAGCCAAUCUUGAGAGGCAAAAGCGAUGGAUCAAAGACAAGAAGGUCGGAGAGGGUAUGUUCGCCGUGGUAUACCAAGGACGCGAGGCGGCAACGGGGAGGAAGGUCGCUAUCAAGAAGAUCAAAGUAGGAGCGUUCAAGGAUGGUCUCGACAUGUCGGCUAUACGCGAGGUCAAGUACCUGAGGGAGAUGAACCACCCCAAUAUCAUCAACCUACUGGACGUCUUCUCUUCGAAGAAGAACUUGAAUUUAGUGCUUGAGUUCUUGGACUCGGACUUGGAAAUGAUCAUCCGAGACCGCUCGCUCGUGUUCUUGCCCGCGGAUAUCAAGAGCUGGAUGGCUAUGGCAUUCAAAGGUCUUGAAUUCUGCCACCGCAACUUCAUCUUGCAUCGCGACUUGAAACCCAAUAACUUGUUACUUGGCUCCGACGGACAACUGAAAGUAGCCGAUUUCGGUCUCGCGCGCGACUUUGCUGACCCCGGAUACAAGAUGACAUGCCAAGUCAUCACCCGGUGGUACCGCCCGCCAGAGCUGCUAUUCGGCAGCCGCUACUAUAGCAGCGACGUAGACAUCUGGUCUAUGGGCUGCAUCUUCGCUGAGCUCAUGUUACGCAUUCCAUAUCUUCCCGGCGAAAGCGACAUGGACCAGCUGAAGACGAUCUUCCGGGCGUUGGGGACACCAACUGAGGAAGACUGGCCGGGUCAUACGAAACUACCUGACUACGUCCCAGUCGGCCAUUUCCCCAAAACGCCGAUGCGAGAUCUCUUCACAGCCGCGUCAGCCGACGCGCUCAAACUUCUGGCUCGUUGCCUCACAUACGAGCCCCGUCGUCGCAUAUCCGCAAAGGAUGCCCUCAGCCACCCCUACUUCUUCGCACUACCUUACCCAACACACCCGAGUAAACUUCCCAAGACCAGCGCACAACUCGCCGCAGCACAACGCGCGCUCGACGAGGCCGACGGUGGCAACGUCGAACCUGAUGGGAAAGGGCCUGGCGUCAAAGCGCGACCGCCAAAACGGAAGUUGAGCGAGGCCGACGAGCUUGCUGCCUCGCGGAAUAUCGCCAGGAAACUCGAUUUCGGUGCUUCGGCAAUUGGUACUCCUGCAUGA